AAAUUCAAGUUUUUAUGUAAGUGGUAACAUCUAAAAAAUAGUCUGUUUUUGUUCUCUAAUGUCUUAUGUCUUCAAAUCUUUUAAAAUUCUGAUUCAUUGCUCUAUUUCUUAAAGUUAAUCCAAAAAUAAACAUUUAAAUUCCCAUCCAUGCUGCUGAAACUCAAAUCAGUGAUUAUAAUAUGUGAUUUAAAUUUGAAUACUUUGGUUGCUACCACCUUUGAUAUAAGUCAAAUUAAAAGUUAAUGUGUUCUUGUGCUUAGCAAUUAAAGUUUAGUAAUCUUGUUUGUUAUUUUGAAUCACUUGAUCAAAAACAAAUUGUAUAACAAUGAGGUAAACUUCUUUAAUAUUGUCCCCUAAUUUGCUGUCCUCUGUUGUUACCUCAGAAUGUAAAGCUGUACAGUUAUGGCGACCCCAAAGAGAAAGCAUGAAAGAACUUUAGAGUAGAGUUCAACACUUAAGGCAAGUAGACAAGCCAAAGACCUCUUAAGGAUCAGGCUUGAAGAGAAGGGAGAGUUUGGGAAAAGAAAAAAUAAAGAAAAGCUGGAAGAAGGACAAGCCUAAUGGGAGACAAAGCCUCGCUUUAUCCACAAAGGGGGAAAAGGUUGUUUUUCAAAGUUAAAGAUAAAGCCAUCUGUCAUAUUUGACCAAGCAUCUCAUGACAAGUCCUUCUGACAAGCACUAAAAGAGUUAAAGGUCAAGAUGAAGUUGAAUGAUGGCCAAGAUUAAAGGAGUCAUACCUGAUGAUGUUCGUGAUGCUGAAGAUGCUUUACAUAAUUUGGACAGAAAAUGGAUUUGUGGACGUCAAAUUGAAAUACAGUUUGCACAAGGGGAUCGCAAGACACCAAAUCAAAUGAAAGCCAAGGAAGGGAGGAAUGUAUACAGCUCUUCACGAUAUGAUGAUUAUGAUCGAUAUAGACGUUCUCGAAGCCGAAGUUAUGAAAGGAGGAGAUCAAGGAGUCGCUCUUUUGAUUACAACUAUAGGAGAUCUUACAGUCCUAGAAACAGUAGACCGACUGGAAGACCACGGCGUAGCCGAAGCCAUUCCGACAAUGAUAGAUUCAAACACCGAAAUCGAUCUUUUUCAAGAUCUAAAUCCAAUUCAAGAUCACGGUCCAAGUCCCAGCCCAAGAAAGAAAUGAAGGCUAAAUCACGUUCUAGGUCUGCAUCUCACACCAAAACUAGAGGCACCUCUAAAACAGAUUCCAAAACACAUUAUAAGUCUGGCUCAAGAUAUGAAAAGGAAUCAAGGAAAAAAGAACCACCUAGAUCCAAAUCUCAGUCAAGAUCACAGUCUAGGUCUAGGUCAAAAUCUAGAUCAAGGUCUUGGACUAGUCCCAAGUCCAGUGGCCACUGAUAGUAUAAAUCAUGAUACUUUCUAGGCAUGUAUCAUUCAUUUACUCAUAGUUUGGUAUACUUAAAUUAUCAGGAAUACAAUGUUGCAAUGAUGCGUUUUAAAAAAAGUAAAAUAAAAAACACUUGUUAGUUUUCCCUGUACCGGGCAAUGGUUAUAAUUAAAAUGAUAUGCUGUUGAGAAGCCACUCUUAAGAGUCCAGUUUGUUUAAUGUUAUGGGCAGCUACCAAUUUGUGGUGUCUCUGUAUAUUUUUGUAAAGAUUCUCAUUUUUUAUGCUUGAAGUAUUUGGUGAAAAGAUGUUGGUUGGCCAUAAUUUGCAACAUUGUCUUAUUAAAAAUAAAUUUUCAUAUCCAUAUUUGGUAGAACUGUUAACCUAGAAAUGUAGCUUGCUAAUAAGAUAGAAUGAUACAAAAGUGAAGUUGUAGCCACAUUACAACACUGACUGCUCAGACACAUUUAGGUUCAGGGUGGACCUUUAUGUCUUGUCAAGAUGUCUAAGCCCGUGGUGAUUAUUUAUGAUGCAAUGUGGAAUAGGGGUUUUUUGUUUGUUUUUUGGUUUUGUUUUUUGUUAACUCCACUGUCUGGGGAAUGAUGCCAACUAGGUUAAAUAGUAUUUUCAGGGAGAUUGAACUUUUCACUGAAACAUGGAGCCUUCACUGCUUUCCCCCCACCCCUCCACUGGUUUCUGAGAUUUGAAACAAAAACUUAAUUCCUCCUUAAGUUUUGAGCAUGUCAAUGAUGGUGGAAAUAAUUUUAAGGGGAAAAGACUGUUCUUAGCAUAGUUUCUCUAAAAUUUAACUAUUGUUGAUCAUUGUUAUUUUGGGGUUUUGUUUUUCUGUUAGGAGCAAGUAAACUGUUUGAAAGUACAUUUUGUUUGUUUAAAUGCAUAGUGUAAAACAAAGUGAAUUUUGAUGCUUACAGCACUUGGUCUGUGCGUUUGUAUCAUUCUGCCUGCCCUCUUCAUGAGGGAGGCUCUUUACACCUCAGUUUAUUAAUGUAGACAAGUUGAAAAGGUGACACUCCCAGGUGAUUCUGUGGUGCCGUGAAUUUUUGGAAACAGUUGAGUUUUAAGUAAAAGCCACAUCACUUAGUUUUUGAGUCGUGUAGGACAUGACUAAAGUAAGGAAGUGAUACCCUUAAAUAUUUAUAAUUUCUAGUAUUUCUCUUCAAGAUCUUUAGGAGGCAAUAAAGUGACUUGAAAUGUCCAGUGUCAUUUCAGAAUAAAAAGCAAGCAUCUUUAAAAAUCUCAAACUGCUUGCUUACGGAAGUGAGUGGAGAUAUUGUAGGGGAACGAUCCUUUUGGAGGAUUACCUUAUUUUUCCUUUCAAUUUUGAUUUUAGAAAUAUAGGCCUUGCUUGUUGAGAACAAAAGGUGGUUUUUAAGAACUGUUUGUGGACUGUGUUUGGAGGGUUAAUUCUAGAAUCUUUGUAUAUUUAAUAGUAUUUCUAACUUUUGUUUCUUUACUGUUUGCAGUUAAUGUUCUUGUUCUGCUAUGCAAUCAUUUAUAUGCACGUUUCUUUAAUUUUUUUAGAUUUUCCUGGAUGUAUAGUUUAAACAACAAAAAGUCUAUUUAAAACUGUAGCAGUAGUUUGCAGUUCUAGCAAAGAGGAAAGUUGUGGGGUUAAACUUUGUAUUUUCUUUCUUAUAGAAGCUUCUAAAAAGGUAUUUUUAUAUGUUCUUUUUAACAAAUAUUGUGUACAACCUUUAAAACAUCAAUGUUUGGAUCAAAACAAGACCCAGCUUAUUUUCUGCUUGCUGUAAAUUAAGCAAACAUGCUAUAAUAAAAACAAAAUGAAGGAAAUAAUGAUUAACUGGAAUUAUUAUAGUACUGAAUGAGUCUAAAAUAAUGGAAAUAAUCCUUUGUAGAUUUAGGAAUAUUUUAAUCAGUGUUGACAUUAGGCACAACUAACCUGCUCGGGGAUGAUAGAACUUUGUCAGAAAUCAACAUCUUUUACAUAGUAUUUAAGAAUUCCUUAUGUCAAGGUCAUUUCAUGAUUGUUCAUUAAGCCUCUUGGGUUAAAUAAUAUGAGAGGUUAUUUAGUAGUGUUGAUAGACAUAUUAAAAUGAAAAUUUGAACAAACUAUAAAUUUAUACUUUCAUUAUUACAAAGUAUCAGUUCUGCUCUUUCCCUUUCCUACUAAACAAGACAUGUUGGGUUUUAUGUUUAUGACAUGAUUUUAAAUUCUUUUUCAUUGAAUGUUAGUGAGCAUUUAAAUGAUGACCACUUGGGAGGUGGUUUUGGGUAUUUUUGUGGAUUGAAUUCUAGCUAUUUUGCAGUAACAAUUACAGCUGCUGAUUUAUUAUUUAUGCUGUGCCAGACAUUGUUUAAAAAAACUUGAUUUGUUCACUCUUCACAAAACCCUUUAAGGAAGAUUUUCCCCCAUCUCAGGAAACGAAGGCACAAAUUAAAAACUGUAAAUAGCAGAGCCAAGAUUUGAGCCCAAUUUGGUCCUUAAAUUUUUUAACAAACAAUAGAUGAAGAGGUACCACAAUAAAAUUGUGCUCAUUCUCUGUAGAACUAGAAGGCCUGAUGUUGGUUUGUUUUUGUUAAUUUAUUUUUGCACUCAGACUGUUAACUUGAGAAGCUUACACAUUGUUUAUGAGAUGGUGUACCCAACAGAGCUUCACAAGGACUAUAUAUACAGUUGCACUCAUAGUAGGAUCCUAUUGAGACCUGGUGAGGAUUUUCAGUUUUGAGCUAAAUAUGAAUCAUAUUGUUAACUUUCACAGUCGAUGAGAACCUCCUGUGUGUCUAGCACUGGGCUCUAUUGAAUAGGAUGGUUGUGUCAAGACUCAAGUGAAGGCUAACACUUAGCCUUUCUUUUUACUUAAGAUCUCUGAUUUUUUAUUUUAUUUUUUUUUAAACCUAGUAAUCGAGAAGAAAAGUGAGAGAUAAUGAAUGCUUCAGUGUGAGAAAGGACAGGUGCUACAUAAGAGUUUGAGCUAUUAUUAAGUUACAACCUAGGGAAAAGACCUGGGAACUACUGUACUAUACUCUUGAAAAUUUGGCCCAGUAAGCUGCUACAUCCAGUUCAACUAACAAAAUCCUGUAUACCACAGAGAAGAAUAAAGAGAAAACCAAACUGACAAACAUCCUUCUUUUAUUUAAGACCAAACUGCAGCUGGAAUACCCAGUACAGUUCUGCUUACUACACUUCAAGAAAGAUCUGAAAGCGGAAAAAAGAACCAAAGAAGGGCAGUUCAAGCGACCAAAGGGUGGGUGGAAGGUGCUGCAGUAUGAAUACUGUACGAAUAUUUUGACUCUGGUCUGAAAAGAUAAAAGAAUUAUCGAAAACUACAUGGAAUAAUUGAAGUCCCUUCAAGUUUGAAAGUAAGCAUUUUAGGACAAAUAAAAGGAAAUUCAACUUUGUACUUGUGGAAACUAAUCCCUAAAUAUGAACAGGUAUAUUGACUCAUGGGUGGCAGAUCCAUGAUAAGUUAUUGGAAACUAGGAUGUCUGAAUAUCAAGGAAGACAGCCAUAGUCUCUAACAGUGCCUCUCUUGGUCUGUCUCAAACUAAAUUGGAUGGUAAAGGUAUGGUCCAAUAUAAAGUUUUUCUUGAUUAUCUCUUAAAAGUCAGUUCCACUUAUGCCAGUGUUGGCAGGUCUUGCCUUUGUUUAUUCCAAUGCCAGUAUUUUCUGCUUAACUGUUUGUUUUGUUGGCAUCUGAGUUUAUUUACUUGUAUACCAUGUGCAGUUUACAUCUAACCACUCCUUCCCAGGUUAAUUCCACUUAUACUUGACAUCCAACUAUGAGGGCCCAUCUCUUCCUCACCUCUUGACUAGACAGUAUGUUCAACAGACAUUUAUUGAAUGAACCUUUACUGUGGGCAAAACAUUAUACUGGAUAAUUGGAGAAUAGUUACUUACUUAGUAAGUACCUACUGAGCACAAUCUAGUGAAUCAUUACAGUAUGGCUUGAGGUGUAUUGCGAUAUUUCAUACCAUUCAUAUACUAAUGUAAUUACAAAACAAUACACUAUCAGAGAUAAGUAAUUUUAUGGUUGUCUGCCAUUUAAAAUUAUCUAGUGUUUGUAUCCCAUGACUACAAAUAAUGAAGAAAACCUGUGAUAAGCAGAUUUAUUGUGCAGUGAUUAAUAUACUAGACUAAUACUAAAUUAUUAACUUCUGGCUCAGUCAAACAAAUAGAUAAUCCCCCAAAUAACAAGCAUUUAACUUUGCAUUAAAACAGACCCUGGGUGCUAUAAUUAGAUUAUUUUGAGGCAGACAGCUGUUACCCCAAUGGACUUAGUAUAUUCUGUAUUGGAAAAAAAAAUGUUUACCAGGUUAGACUUUUUAGUGAUCUACUUGUACAUUUUAUAGGGGACAUAUUCUGUGUAUAGUUAAUAACUUUAUAGUGUCGCAAAAUGUUUUAGAUUCCUUGGUUCCUUGUUAGGAUAUUAACUUGUUUAUCAUAACAUUGAUUCCAUCACAGUUGAAUUUUUGUUGUAUUUUUGCCACAUAUUUAAAACAAUGUCAAAUUCUGAAAUCUGGAAACAGUGUAAAGCCUUUAUAACAAUUUAUAAAAUGUAGUAGGAUUACACAUAAAUGAAGGGAGGUAAAAAUGAAGGUUAUUUUAUCUGUGUUAAAAACAAACUUUUUUCAGCCUGCCCAAACUUAAAAAGGCAGCAGGUACCAGGUGAGAAUUUUAAAUUUUGGCUUCAUUUUUGUUGCUGUUUUUAUUUUGAAUCAAGUUGGAAAUGCUUUUAUAGUUUUAUUUUCAAGGACACAAUAAAAACUGAUAAAAACUGAA